AUGUUCACUCGUGGUUUUCAGAGCAUGGCAGACUCGAGUAUCCUCACAUUGUCUGCUAAGAAAGUGCAGAGAAAAUAGUUUUCCUGGGUGGUCCGACUCAUUAAUACACUCCGCACUUCUUGAUUUACGGCUCACAGUUCAACUGCUGCCAAUUAACGUGAAAACACGUUAAAAAAAGAGAAGACGAGGCAAGGAGGGCGAGGAGGAUGGGUUUCCGUCUCAAAACUUGAUUCAGGAUGAACCUGCCCUUUACAUCAAGGGGUCUUGGACUGCCUCGCGCACGGAAAGCAGGAGGACACGACGCGGAGGAGAGAGAGGAGAAAGGAGGGGGAGAGGGAAACACAGGAUAAGCCUCCAUGUUUCAACUGCCCAUCUUGAAUUUCAGCCCCCAGCAGGUCGCCGGGGUCUGCGAGACUCUGGAGGAGAGCGGGGAUGUCGAGCGUCUCGGCCGCUUCCUCUGGUCGCUGCCCGUCGCGCCAGCGGCCUGCGAGGUCCUCAACAAGAACGAGUCGGUGUUGAGGGCCCGGGCUGUCGUCGCCUUCCACACCGGCAAUUUCCGUGAACUAUACCACAUCCUGGAGAACCACAAGUUCACUAAAGAGUCGCACACAAAGCUGCAGGCUCUGUGGCUCGAAGCGCACUAUCAGGAAGCUGAGAAACUGCGGGGACGCCCGCUGGGGCCGGUGGACAAAUACAGGGUACGGAAGAAGUUCCCCCUACCCAGAACCAUAUGGGAUGGAGAGCAGAAAACCCACUGCUUCAAGGAGAGAACCCGGCACUUGUUAAGAGAAUGGUAUUUGCAGGAUCCCUACCCGAAUCCCAGUAAAAAGAGGGAGCUUGCACAGGCUACAGGACUUACACCCACACAAGUAGGAAACUGGUUCAAAAAUCGGAGACAAAGAGACAGAGCAGCGGCUGCGAAGAACAGGCUCCAGCAGCAGGUUCUGUCCGGCGGUUCGGUUCGCUCACUGGCGGACGAGGACGGCACCGUGGACCGCCUGGGGAACUCGUCCAGUCCGGAGGCCAGUCUGUCCAGCAAAGCAGCCGCCUCGGCCAUCUCCAUCACCUCCAGCGACAGUGAAUGUGACAUCUGACGGGCAGAUCAACUGUGUUGAUGAAUUAAAGGGGGAUACGAGUAAAAGACAAUCCAAUAAAACAAGUCAUAGUGCCUGCGUUGAGAUAAAAAAA